GCAUAGUUUAUCCAAUCCACUUAGCAAUCUGAGAUUCUAUUUUCCUCUCCAUUGUUCCCCGAUGGAAAUGGAUUCCCUUCCCAACGGCAACAACGCCACCGGAACUCCGAUCGCCGCCACCCUCAACCCGGCGCCGCCUCCACCGUCGAACCUUCCCCAACUGACAGAGUCUCUGAAGCUGGAGCACCAGUUCCUCAGGGUUCCUUUCGAGCACUACAAAAAAACCCUCCGUGCCAACCACCGCGCCGUCGAGAAGGAGAUGUCCGCCGUCAUAUCCGGCGUCAACGAAGCCGCUGACCUCUCCCCAGAUGACGCCGUCAACCAUCUUAACUCCCUUGUCUCCCGCUUGCAAGGGCUCAAGAGAAAGUUGGAGGAGGGAAGUCGGGCAGAGCAUUUACAAGCUCAAAAGUGUCGAGCGCGUCUUGAUCACUUAGAAUCUGCCGAUGCGGAAAACAUGCCAGAAUGGAAUAACACUCGCUUGAAGCGGAUUCUUGUUGAUUAUAUGUUGAGGAUGUCAUACUAUGACACUGCAGUGAAACUUGCAGAAAGCAGCAACUUGCAGGAUCUUGUUGAUAUUGAUGUAUUCCAAGAAGCAAAAAAGGUUAUUGAUGCUUUGCAAAAUAAGGAUGUUGCACCUGCCCUAGCAUGGUGUGCUGAUAAUAAAUCAAGGCUGAAGAAGUCUAAGAGCAAAUUGGAGUUCCAGUUGAGACUUCAAGAGUUCAUAGAAUUAGUAAGAGCUGAGAACAAUUUGAGAGCUAUCACGUAUGCUAGGAAAUAUCUUGCGCCAUGGGGAGCCACUCACAUGAAAGAAUUGCAGCGAGUCCUUGCAACACUAGCUUUUAAAAAGGAUACUGAAUGUGCCACAUACAAGGUUUUAUUUGAAGAUAAGCAAUGGGAUUUUCUAGUGGACCAAUUCAAACAGGAGUUCUGCAAGUUAUAUGGCAUGACGUUAGAACCCUUGCUCAAUAUCUAUCUGCAAGCUGGGCUUUCCGCUCUCAAGACACCAUAUUGUUACGAGGAUGAUUGCACAAAAGAAGAUCCGCUAUCACAGGAAGCUUUCCGCACAUUAGCCCUGCCAUUGCCGUACUCAAAGCAGCAUCAUUCUAAGCUUGUUUGCUAUAUAACAAAGGAGUUAAUGGACACUGAGAACCCACCGCAAGUCUUGCCCAAUGGAUAUGUUUAUAGCACUAAGGCUCUUGAAGAGAUGGCGAAGAAGAAUAAUGGUAGAAUCAUCUGCCCGAGGACGGGUUUAGUUUGCAGCGACACAGAUCUGGUCAAGGCAUAUAUUUCAUAAAUCUAUAUACUUAAAAAGGUAUGAUUCAUAGAUGAAAAUGUCAACCUUUCCUUGGCUUCAAGCUACCAUGGCUGUCUGAUUAUAAUGUUUUGGAAAUUACUCUGAUGGGCUUCCGUUGUUAUGUCCAGUCUUUUACUUUCCGGUGUUUACUUAAACUUGUACAUAUGUUAGAUGUUUCAAACUGUAACUGGGAUAUGACGUAACCUUGUGCAUACAUUGAUUUGUAUUUUUCAUAGUAAUGAACUUCUG